AUGGGAGGAAAAGGCGGUAGUGGUGGUGGCGGUGGUGGCGGUGGUGGGGGUGGUGGGGGUGGUGGAGGGAAAGGUUGGGGUGGUGGUGGUGGCGGUAGUGGAGGAGGUAGGAGCGGUGGUGGUGGCGGUGGGGGAGGAGGGAAAAGUGGUGGCGGUAGUGGCGGAGGCUACAUGGUGGCUCCGGGGAGCAAUGGUUCUUCUUACAUUUCAAGAGAUAACUUUGAGAGUGAUCCUAAAGGUGGGGAAGGAAUGGGAGGAAAAGGCGGUAGCGGUGGUGGAGGGAAAGGUGGUGGCGGUGGUGGUGGUGGUGGAGGGAAAGGUGGUGGUGGUGGUGGCGGUAGUGGAGGAGGUAGGAGCGGUGGUGGUGGCGGUGGGGGAGGGAAAAGUGGUGGCGGUAGUGGCGGUAGUGGCGGAGGCUACAUGGUGGCUCCGGGGAGCAAUGGUUCUUCUUACAUUUCAAGAGAUAACUUUGAGAGUGAUCCUAAAGGUUACUUUGAUAAUCUGCAUGGCAGUGGACAGGGUAGCAAGUGACCUUGGUCUGUUUAUUUCACUAUUUAUGCAUUGAAGAUGGUUAUUAUUACCGAAUAAAUUAUCUUAUGAUCAAAUAAAAUAAGAGUUUCUA